AUGACUUUCGCAACCGUUACCAGAAAGCUGAAACGAGCCGCGAGAAUCAUUCUGGUUGGCGCUCCGGGCGUUGGAAAGGGCACACAAUCUGAAAGACUGAUGAAGCGAUUCCCACAACUAUGCUCAAUUGCGACUGGAGAUCUAUUGCGCGACAAUGUCAAAAAACAUACUGCGCUGGGUCAACAAGCCGAAGCCUACAUGAAAGCUGGUGGCCUUGUGCCCGACCCCUUGAUCCUAAAUCUCAUCCUCAACGAACUCACCUCGAGGAAGUGGCUUGACGCCUCCGAUUCCAAUGAGAACAUAAUUGCAGCUCUUGAGAGGGGAAAUGGCUCUGCCUCUGCGGUUGUGCACGCUUCCAAUUCACCCGAUACCUCGUUCAUCCUCGAUGGCUUUCCCCGUACAGCAACCCAGGCCAAAGCUCUGUCCCAUUUGCUACCCAUAAACUUGGUAUUACAACUGGUCACACCAGCCGAUAUCAUUCUGUCGCGCAUGGCGAAUCGGUGGAUACACGCGGCGUCCGGGAGAGUGUACAACGUGGGAUUCAAUGACCCGAAGGUCCCUGGCAAGGACGACGUUACAGGGGAGCCUUUAAUGCAAAGAGAUGACGACAGCGAGGCCACGUGGAGGAGGCGACUUGCCAAGUUUGAGGAAACCAGCCAGGCUUUGCUCGACUUCUACCGAGACAGGGAUCCAGACCUUGUAGUUAAAGUGCAGGGAAAUAGUAGCGACGAGAUUACGCCUCAGAUAUUUGCAGAAGUUGAGACGCGAUUUGGAUGA